CUUCUAAAAGACAUCAACGAUGCGACACUAAAUUAAAGAGUGUCGCAGUACGCUAACUUUAUUUCCCCAUCGCCACUCAUUUCUCCCUACCUAAAACGACAACAAAUUCAGCAGCUUUACAAAAACUAUUUUUUUUAAUUAAUUUUCCUUGUUCCCUUAAUUCCAAUGAAGAACAACUAACUGUUUCCUGCAAAUUCAAAUUCAUUUCGAUUCGAUUCAGUUCCUCCAAUAUCGACUCCGUGAUUCACAUUUUCGCCAUCAUUUUGUUUUUCACAAUUUUGUGAAACCCUAACCCUAAAACAUAAAGUGCCACAAUGACGACCAGAGGGAGUAGAUCAGAGAAAGUGAAGCGAAUUUUUCAAAAAUUCGACGCCAACAAAGACGGUGGUCUCAAUAGAGAAGAAAUGGCCGCGUUAGUUGUUGCCGUUAACCCUAGGGUUAAAUUUAGCGAUGAGCAAAUUAGCGCAAUUCUCGACGAGGUUUUCCGCACUUACGGCGAGUUUAUUGACGGAGAGAAAGGUUUAACGUUUGAUGGCUUAUUACGUACUUAUGACGACGGUGCCGGUGACGUGGACCGUGACUUUGACGCGCUUGAGCUUGAGCUUAAUGUAGAUGAUGGUAAUGAUACUAAUAAGGGGAUAUCGGCGGCAUCUGAAGCGUCGUCGUCUUUGAUUAUAGAUGAGAGGAACAUAGAAUCUCAGAAAAAGCAAAGAACUGCAGCUUGGGCUGUUUCUCCUAACCAUGGGAUUGUGUUUGAUGACACGUGGAAGAUUGUAGAUGAUUUAGAGAUUUUGGUGAAGAGAUUGAAAUCUAAGCAAGCUAAAGAUGGUAAAGUGAAAGGGGACAACUUCGAUGCCUAUUCUGAUGCUGGCUGGUCGAGGGAAUUGGGACCCUCUACGGAGAUCUCGGAUAAACGCGUAUUUUGGGAAGAAUCCGGGCAUGAUUAUGCAGCUUUUGUCAAGGAAUUAGGUGUUUUGAGGAGUAGAGCUGACGGGGCCAGGUCGAGAGAGGAGGCAUUUGAUGGGCAUAUGGCAAUUGGUAGGGUUUUGUAUGAGCAUCAAUUGUUUAAGGAGGCAUUGGUGAGCUUUAAACGAGCUUGUGAGUUGCAGCCUAUUGAUGUUAGGCCGCAUUUUAGAGCUGGGAAUUGCUUGUAUGUACUUGGGAGGUUUAAGGAAGCUAAAGAGGAGUUCUUGUUGGCGUUGGAGGCAGCUGAGGCAGGUGGCAAUCAGUGGGCUUAUUUACUUCCUCAGAUAUAUGUUAAUCUCGGUAUUGCUUUGGAAGGUGAAGGUAUGGUUUUAAGUGCUUGUGAAUAUUAUAGAGAAGCUGCUAUUCUUUGUCCAACUCAUUUUAGAGCUCUUAAACUAUUGGGUAGUGCCCUUUUUGGAGUAGGGGAGUAUAUGGCGGCUGUUAAAGCCUUGGAAGAGGCUAUUUUUAUGAAACCGGAUUAUGCUGAUGCACACUGUGAUCUGGCUUCUGCUUUGCAUGCCAUGGGCGAAGAUGAGAAGGCUAUUGAAGUUUUUCAAAAGGCUAUAGAUUUGAAGCCUGGUCAUGUUGAUGCUUUGUAUAAUUUGGGUGGGCUUUAUAUGGACUUGGGUAGGUUUCCUAGAGCUUCCGAGAUGUAUGCUAGGGUGUUAGCUGUGUGGCCGAAUCACUGGCGCGCGCAGCUUAAUAAAGCUGUCUCAUUGUUGGGGGCUGGUGAAACCGAGGAAGCAAAGAAAGCUUUGAAGGACGCUUUAAAGAUGACAAAUAGGGUUGAGUUGCAUGAUGCAAUAUCACAUUUGAAGCAGCUGCAGAAGAAGAAAGUCAAGGGUAAUGGAGGUGCAAAUGGGGAGGGAGCUUUUGUAGUUGUGGAACUCUCAAAGUUUAAGACAACAAGUGAAAAAACUUCCAUGAGGCAGGACUUAGCCAGUGCUCUUCAAAUCAGGGCUUUUCAGAGAAUUACCAGGUUGAGUCGUUGUGAUGUGGAGCUGUUGAAGAAGGAAAUGAAUGAAAAGGAUGUACCUGUGUCUUACUCUGGUGGUGGUGUUCCAGAGAAAUCCAUACGGAAACCUAAUUUGGAGGAAAUUCUCCGGAGAUUACUUAGCUUCCUGAAGCCUGAUACAUUUCAGGGAGCUGUUAAGGCAAUAAAUGAGAGGAUUCUAUCUGUUUUGGAUGAGACAGGCUCAGGCAGGGUAGACUUGGGCAUGUUUUAUGCUGUUCUUGCACCUCUUUGUAGCGGAAGUCCUGACAAGAGGAAAAGGGUUGCUUUUGAUGCACUUUUGUGGCGUCCUGCGGCUGAAGGUAGUUCUCAGGUUAAAAAAGUUGAUGCCGUUCGGUAUAUAAAAUGGCUGAGGGCUAUUUUUAUUCCCUCCCAUGGAGUUAGCGAAAUGUUAGAAGUUCACGGAGAAGCAGAUUCUUCAAUGGUGUCUUUUAAUGAUUUUCUUGUGAUGUUUGAUGAUCCGGAUUGGGGUUUUGGUAUAUUGUCAACUCUAAUAAAGCUAGAAACUGGAGAUAGGAACCGCCAUGGAAAUCGGGUCUGCUCAGUUUGCCGGUACCCAAUCAUUGGAUCACGCUUUAAGGAGAUGAAAUCUCAUUUUAGUUUAUGCAAUCAGUGCUACAGUGAAGGAAAGGUGCCACCAGCAUUUAAACAGGAUGAGUACAAAUUCAAAGAGUACGGAAAUGAGUCUGAAGCUGUGAAAGAUAAGUGCAUGUGUUUUACGUUGCAAUCUCAUAAUGAUUGAAAGCACAUUAACUUAAAAGGUUUCUUGUUGAAUUUGUAUUAUUCUGUCUGCUUAUUGUAGCAUUGUGUGAAUUAUUUCAGUGGGCAUCCCAUCUUGUGUAUGAUAAGUCAUUUUGAGUGAUGUCCUAGAUAUCCUUUUUCUCACUAGGUUUAUUGAUCCUUUCUUGUUUUUUCAUCUUGUGUAUUACAUUGCCUUUGUUCUGGUGCCUUCGGGUUUAGUGUUAUGUUUGCCUGAUUGCCUGUAUAUUGAAAACAUUCUGUGCCUAUUUUUGAUUGCUUGAA